AUGAUAGAUGUUAAUCCUGAAGUAUGGACAACGGCAUUGGAAGGUUAUAUUAAUACUGUCAUCGAAGGAAAUAAAGAAACUUUUAAAAAUAAAGCCCAGACUAAAGUAUCAGAUGAGGAAGAACUUUUUAGAUCAUAUUGCGAGAAAAUUUUCAUUGAUUUUUUCCACCUCGUAGAUAUCAAUUCUUCUAUGAGCAGAAAGAUCGUUGAAUUUGAUUGGAUUGAGUCGUAUACUCAUGCCACAAAGAUUCGAAAGUCAUCUACUAAUUCUGGAAUUGUAAAAGUAGACAUUAAAGAAACGAGAGUGUCUGACGGUUUAGAUAUAUUUCACAUGGAGGUAGCAGACGGUAACCUCCCAAUCGCAGUCUUGUUUACUGGUUUGCUAUCUAUGUGUGAACUUUUUACUCGUAAAGAAGAUCUAAACAAAUUAGAUUUAGAGAAUACCAGACUUAUGGCUAGAAUCUGGGAAUUAGAACAGAUUCAGAUCAAUGAAGCAAAACUUAUUGCUAAAAUUAAACAUUUGCGAAACAAAAAUACUGACAAUGUAAAAAAAAGCCAAAUUUUUGUAUGUCGUUUGAAGUGA